CCUCCAGAAAAGUUUUAACUCUCUUUCCCUCGGGAAUUUGUUCAGAGGAAGUCAGAUUCGUUUUUGUCGCUUGUAAGGGAUUGCUCACCUUCCUGGUUAUAUAUUCGGCUUUCGUUGCCAAAGAAAAGGGGUGAAGGGAGGAAGGCCCGCUUCACCUGGUUUCAGGUUCAUGUGUUGCCUGUGUUGCUGAUAGUGUAUGCAUCGCGUGAUUUCAGAAAUGAGAAUACUAUCAAGGUCUUGGACAUCUGCGUCCCUCUUUGCUCUCAUCAUCUUUGCUUUCUUAUUCUCAACUUCAUUCGCAGGGAGACAGCGCAGUUUCUUGACGGGUCAAGAUGACCUACGUCAACACGGAGAGGCAGCAGGGACUGGACAGAAGGAAGCAGUAGCACUUCUGGUGCCUGCUCGGAUGCUCAACGUCAAGACGAAUGAUUACGGCAUCUAUGACCCUUCCCCUUCCAUGGACAAGCCGCACUUCAAGCUCAUACCCAACUGAUCAAUUAUGUAUCCAUGUUGCAGCACUGGAGCGUAGCCAAUGAGCAAUUCGGCUCCUUACAUGUGUACCAGCUGAUGUAUAGAUUGAGAGGGAAUUCCUAGGCUUGAUAUAAAACUAUUAUAAUGGCAUUAUUUAGUAUCUUGUAAUAGAUGUUUCUUUUUGCGAAAUGUUAUAGAUAUUUCUCGUGCUUUGAAAAGUAGUCACAAGGAGUUGUCACUGUUCAUUCGGUUGAACUUAUCAUAUAGGAGUAUCAUGCAUGUCACGUUCUUUUAAAUCCCUUUUCCAAAUUUUAGGAUUUGGAUUCAAAGAUCGGGGCUGCAGGAUAGUGUCAUCAGUGACUUAUUUUUCAAAUCUAUUUGGAAGAUAAAGGAAAGGAGAUUCAAGACUAAUUGUACCCUCAGCCUGAUUCUUGAAUUCAACCUAAGGUUCGGGGGCUACUCCAUAUGUAGUGCGAUUUUCAUCGCACCCCGUGCAGGAGAUAAUUUUUUUGAAGACUUAAAAUCUACUCGGGCAAGAGCACCACGCAGCCUUGAAGCGGCCAGGAAGGUACUUGGAAGACAUAUUCAAGGUGGAAUUCUGAGGUGGAGUUUUGAAGAACUCGAAGAUAUCUCCAGAAGUAUUCGGAUGCCUGCAUUACUCGGCUAUGAAGCGCUCAGGGACUUGUCAGAGAUCGAUCUCCGGGUACCCACAAGGAAGCUACCCGCAAGGAAAGAAGAAGUCGGACUCUUACUAAGAUUCCUCAGUAAUCCUACUAGGACUCUACCCUGUAAUCCUACUAGGACUCCUAUCUUGUAACCGACUAGUAACCCGCCCCCUAGAAUAUAUAAAGGAGGGCAGGGUACCUAGAUCGGCAGAGCAGCCAAUAGGCAGCUCAAUACCCAAGCGUAGGGCACAAUAUACAAUAUCUCAAAUAGGAUGAAGGGUAUUACGUUA